CUGUCUCGCAGAAAAUGAUUUCACGAAAAUCUUCAAUUGCAUAUAGUUUUGUGAUGUAACAUUCGUGCUGUUAUACUCAUAAAUAUUUAUAUGAACCCAAUAUAACAGUGUCCAAAUGGAAUCAUCAUUAUCUUGUUGGAAACCGCCGCGCAUUUAAGUCGAUUCCAAAAGGAACUGAUGGAGUGAUAUCCUUGUGAAAUAACGAUGCAAACCAACCUGAAAACUAAAGAGAUGUUUAUAGUCAGAGCUUUGGAAAAGAUACUAGCUGAUAAGGACAUAAAGAGGUCCUAUCACAGCCAGUUGAAGAAAUCCUGUGAGGUCGCACUUGAGGAAAUAAAGGCCGAGCUGAAAACUGGAGGCCAGUUGGAGUCAACAGAGAGUCCCUCAUCAGGCACUCUUCCACUCCCAAAGAAUGAUUCAUCCAAUAUCAUCACUGCAGAAAAAUACUUCCUACCCUUCGAGCUGGCUUGCCAGAGCAAGGCGUCCAGGAUAGUAGUCACAGCACUUGAUUGUCUACAAAAACUCAUUGCUUAUGGUCAUCUUACUGGAAAUAUUCCAGACUCCACAACUCCAAGGAAACUUCUCAUAGACAGAAUAGUUGAAACAAUCUGUAGUUGCUUCACGGGACCCCAGACUGAUGAGGGAGUACAACUACAAAUUAUAAAAGCCCUCCUUACAGUAAUCACAAGUCAACAUGUCGAAGUUCAUGAAGGAACAGUAUUACUUGCUGUUAGAACAUGUUACAACAUCUACCUAGCCAGCAAAAACCUUAUCAACCAAACCACUGCACGGGCUACACUAACGCAAAUGCUAAACGUAAUAUUUACUAAAAUGGAAAACCAAGCACUCGAGACUGAAGGAAAUGGCAUCCACACACCAGAUAUUCAUAAAAUUCCCAACGGUAAUGUCGCCAUGGAAGACAACAACAUUCAUACAAAUGAACAUCCAGCUCCAGCAACAGAAGAAAACAAGGAUUCUUUACCCCCUUCAGAAGAACAAAUUUUGGAAGCAAAAAUUAUCGCAAAACAAAUAGUUGAUUCUGUCAUAGACAAUGCCAUCGCGAUAGCGGUAAAGAAAACAGAGGAUACAAACCAAAACAGACCAGAAAAUAAUGAGAAUCCCUCAGACUCUCAAGAUAGUGGUAGUGUUUCUCAGGAAAGUAAUGGUCAAUCUGGCCAUGAAAGCACAAUCACACGUAUUCCCUCUCAAGAAAGUGUUGACGUUGCUUCAGAAAAUGAUAAUUCAGUGACAGCCAAGUUCACGCAUGUCCUUCAAAAAGAUGCGUUUUUAGUCUUCAGAGCUCUUUGCAAACUGUCCAUGAAACCUCUGCCUGAGGGUACCCCUGAUCCUAAGUCUCAUGAACUGAGAUCCAAAAUCUUGUCUUUGCAUCUACUCCUUUCAAUUCUGCAGAAUGCUGGUCCCGUCUUCAGGAAUAAUGAAAUGUUCAUAACUGCAAUUAAGCAGUACCUUUGUGUUGCUUUGUCCAAAAAUGGUGUAAGCUCUGUACCUGAGGUUUUUGAACUGUCCCUUGCCAUUUUCCUGGCACUCCUACAAAAUUUCAAAGUGCACCUAAAGAAGCAAAUUGAAGUAUUCUUCAAAGAGAUAUUUAUGAACAUUUUGGAGACGUCCAGUUCCUCUUUUGAACAUAAAUGGAUGGUUAUUCAAGCUCUUACGAGAAUAUGUGGUGAUGCACAGAGUGUCGUUGACAUAUAUGUCAAUUACGACUGUGACUUGUCAGCCGCAAAUCUAUUUCAGAGAUUAGUAAAUGAUGUCUCAAAAAUCGCGCAAGGAAGACAAGCCUUGGAACUUGGCGCUACACCAAAUCAGGAGAAAUCAAUGCGCAUUCGUGGACUCGACUGCCUUGUGUCAAUCUUAAAAUGCAUGGUAGAAUGGAGCAAGGAACUGUACAUUAAUCCCAAUCUUCAAACAACUUUGGGUGAGAGAACUCCUAAAGAGGAUACAGAUCAUCACAGUAUUAAGUCUCAUGGUGGCUCAAGUCUUAGUUUGGUUUCAACUGGAUCAAGUAAUAUAGGCAACAGAGAAACAUUAGACUCUCCAGAACAGUUCGAAGUAUUGAAACAACAGAAAGAAGUAUGGGAAACUGGUAUUGACUUAUUUAAUAGAAAACCCAAGAAAGGAGUAGCGUUUUUGCAAGAACAAAGCUUACUAGGUUCAUCCACGAAAGAAAUCGCGGAGUGGUUAUUGACGGACGAAAGGUUGGACAAGACAUUUAUUGGUGAAUAUUUGGGCGAAAACGAUGACCAUUCCAAAGAGGUGAUGUAUGCGUAUGUCGAUUCAAUGAAUUUUUCAAACAUGGAUAUUGUCGCGGCACUCCGUCAUUUUCUUGAAGGAUUCAGGUUACCUGGUGAAGCGCAGAAAAUUGACCGAUUGAUGGAGAAGUUCGCCGCACGAUACUGUGAAUGUAAUCCUAAUAACACGCUAUUUAUGAGCGCCGACACUGUUUAUGUACUGGCUUUCUCCAUUAUUAUGCUAACGACCGACUUGCAUUCGCCACAAGUUAAAAAUAAAAUGACGAAAGAGCAGUACAUUAAACUUAAUAGUGGUAUCAGUGACAAUAAUGACCUGCCACGUGAGUAUUUGUCUCAAAUAUAUGACGAAAUUGCUGGACAUGAAAUCAAAAUGAAGAAUACAUCUAAGCCUGGAAAACAUAUGAUAGCUAAUGAGAAGAAGCGAAAAUUUAUUUGGAAUAUGGAAAUGGAACAAAUAUCUACUGCUGCUAAGAAUUUAAUGGAAUCCGUAUCUCACGUCCAAACACCGUUUACAACGGCAAAACACGUGGAACAUGUACGCCCAAUGUUCAAAAUGGCGUGGACACCAUUCCUCGCGGCUUUUUCUGUAGGAUUACAAGAUUGUGAUGAUCCAGAAAUAGCUGCGCUCUGCCUGGAUGGCAUACGAUGUGCGAUCCGAAUUGCUUGUAUUUUCCAUAUGUCUCUUGAACGCGAUGCCUAUGUUCAAGCUUUGGCCCGAUUCACGCUUUUAACUGCGAACUCCCCUAUCACGGAGAUGAAAGCAAAGAAUAUCGAUACUAUAAAAACUUUGAUUACUGUUGCGCACACCGAUGGAAAUUACUUAGGAUCAAGUUGGCUAGAUGUGGUGAAAUGUAUUUCCCAGUUGGAACUAGCUCAGCUGAUAGGAACAGGUGUGCGACCUCAAUUCUUGUCAGGAUCUGGUAUCAAGCCUCAGCCCGAUUCUCUGAAGAUCAGCCUCAUGUCUCUAGAUCCCAGUGUGAAAGAACAUUUCGGAGAAACAAGUUCUCAAAGUGUCGUAGUAGCCGUGGACAGAAUAUUUACGGGCUCAACGCGACUCGACGGUGACGCCAUUGUUGACUUUGUAAAAGCUUUAUGUCAAGUGUCACUUGACGAAUUAAGCCAUCCCACAAAUCCACGAAUGUUUUCUCUACAGAAAAUUGUGGAAAUAUCUUAUUAUAACAUGGGAAGAAUCAGGCUACAGUGGUCGCGUAUAUGGCAAGUUCUUGGCGACCACUUCAACAAAGUCGGUUGCAGUAGCAAUGAAGAUAUUGCGUUCUUUGCUGUAGAUUCCCUGCGACAACUGUCUAUGAAAUUUAUAGAGAAGGGAGAGUUUGCAAACUUUAAGUUCCAAAAAGACUUCUUGAGACCAUUCGAGCACAUUAUGAAGAAAAACAGUUCCCCGACAAUAAGAGACAUGGUGGUCCGAUGUAUUGCUCAAAUGGUAAAUUCACAGGCUCCAAAUAUAAGAUCUGGAUGGAAAAAUAUAUUUUCGGUAUUCCAUUUAGCUGCAGGCGAUCAGGACGAGGCUAUCGUUGACUUAGCAUUCCAGACUACAGGUAAAAUUAUUACAGAUCUCUAUGAGAAGCAAUUCCCUACAAUGAUUGAUUCAUUCCAAGACGCAGUCAAAUGCUUAUCUGAAUUUGCAUGCAACGCAAAGUUCCCAGAUACGUCUAUGGAAGCUAUAAGACUGGUUAGGUCUUGCGCGACAGCUGUGGGUGCGUCACCACAAUUAUUUGUGGAACAUGCGGGCCUGGAGAGCGAAGCUGGAGCUCCUGAAGAGGACAGAGUAUGGCUACGAGGAUGGUUCCCACUACUAUUCUCACUUUCCUGCGUCGUAAGCCGCUGUAAGUUAGACGUCCGCACACGUGGUCUAACAGUUUUAUUCGAGAUUAUAAAAACUCACGGUGAAUCGUUCCGUCCGCAUUGGUGGAGAGACUUAUUCAAUAUUUUAUUCAGAAUCUUUGACAAUAUGAAAUUACCUGAACAUCAAUUAGAGAAAAAUGAAUGGAUGACUACAACAUGCAAUCACGCGUUGUAUGCUAUCGUAGACGUCUUCACGCAGUACUUUGACAUUCUUGGCUCUCUGCUACUGGAGCAGCUAUACGCACAGCUGCACUGGUGCGUGCAACAAGACAAUGAACAGCUUGCUCGGUCUGGUACCAACUGUUUGGAAAAUCUAGUCAUUUCAAAUGGAACCAAAUUCAAUGAGGACACAUGGAGCAAUACAUGCCAAAUCAUGUUAGACAUAUUCAAUAGCACCCUGCCCACAACUUUGCUGACUUGGAAACCUGAUGAAAACGAAGAGGAGACUCCGAAUGUGCGACACGGCAUAUUGAAGAAACCUCAAAUCGGUGAUGACGCGAAGUCAUCAAAUCGGAUAUUCAACAGUCUCCUAAUUAAAUGCGUCGUGCAACUUGAACUAAUUCAAACUAUUGACAAUAUCGUCUUUUAUCCCGCCACAUCGAGGAAAGAAGACGCCGAAACGUUAGCAUUAGCUGCCGCGGAAUUGUCUGGUGGCAUACCGGGUACUGAGCAGGAAUGUCAACGUGAAGAACAAGGCAUGUACAGGCUAUUGAGUUCUCCGCACCUGCUACGACUCGUAGAAUGUUUAAUGUGCAGUCACCGCUUCGCUAAAACAUUUAACACUAACAAUGCGCAAAGGAACGUUCUUUGGAAGGCUAAUUUUAAGGGUUCCGUAAAACCCAACAUGCUGAAGCAAGAAACACAGUCGCUAGCAUGUGUGAUGCGGAUAUUAUUCAAAAUGUACAGCGACGAAGCGCGGCGCGAGCACUGGCCCGCCGUGCAGAAGAGCCUAAUUACGAUAUGUUGCGAGGCGCUCGAAUACUUCGCUGGGGUAACCAGCGAAGCCCACCGGGACGCUUGGACUUCAAUCUUGCUGCUGAUUCUUACAAGAAUACUAAAAAUGCCCGAUGAAAGAUUUGCGGCACACGUAUCGAGCUACUAUCCGCUGCUGUGCGAGAUCACCUGUUUUGACUUGAAACCCGAGCUACGCUCCGUUUUACGGCGCGUCUUCAUCCGCAUCGGCCCGGUGUUCAACAUCGUCUCCAACACGCAAUAGCUUUGCUCUUUGCAAAUAAAGAUGGCCUUAUAGUUUUGUAGGUUAAAGUAUGACUUUGAUGUUAACGUUAAUAAUAAAAGAAUACAUUUCGUUGAUUCAUUAAAUUUUAAUGUAAUACUUGACAGCAAUCAGUACUUCAGUAAUAUUAAAAGUGAUCUAUUAUAGUGUUUAGUAGGUCUUAUGUCUUA